AUGACUAGGUGCAAACCUACUGACACCCCAAUUGAAUAUAAUUCAAAGCUCAGCAAUACUAGUAACAGUGUUCCGGUCAAUAAAGAAGGUAUCAGCGUGAGUGUCGUCAGUCAGUUUAUGCAAGCUCCUUGUGAAGAACACAUCAUAGUAGUUGAACGCAUCCUACGAUAUUUGAAAGGUACACCAGGUAAGGGGUUAAUGUUCAAGAAGCCUGAUAAACGUUGCAUUGAAGCCUACACUGAUUCUGAUUGGGCAGGGUCUGUUGUUGAUAGAAAAUCAACAUUAGGGUAUUUCACCUUUGUUUGGGGUAAUCUUGUGACCUGGAGGAGCAAGAAACAGGGAGUUGUGGCUAGAAGUAGUAUAAAAGCUGAGUAUCGAGCCAUGAGUUUAGGGAUAUGUGAAGAAAUCUGGUUGAUGAAAGUGUUGUCAGAUCUUCAUCAAGACAAUGAGCUCCCAAUGAAACUGUUUUGUGACAAUAAGGCAGCAAUAAGUAUUGCAAAUAAUCCUGUUUAG